CUGAAUACCCUCAUAAUAACUACUUACCGCCACCAUUCCGUCGAGUCACUAUACUACCGCCAACCCUCCACCUAACCUCUUGACACAACCUCUCUCACCUACUCGUUCCUGUCUUCCCUCUCACUAUUAAUAUAUCUAAUCUUCGAAGGGAUGGCGCACUUGCGUGGUGGUGAACGAACAUUUGCCUCAAUACAUAACCUACUGAAGAUGCUACUCUCACCUCAUCAGUCCAGCAAGUCUGCCCCUCAAGAAGCUGACAUGGUUGAGGACAUUGAUGAGCCCCCUGAUCAUCGGUUCUUGAAUACCUCGAUGAACAACAUGGACGACGGUGUCGUUUACGUCAAGGCCCCCGCUGCCAUGACUGACCGCAAGGAGUCCCUCCUCACCCGCGCCCUUAAGAGCACCCCCCCACAAAGCCCAGCCGACCGUCAUUCACCAUCUCAGGAGCACUCCUUCUACCGCUCCUACACCUAUACCAACAUUAGCGGCAUCUCUACAGCCGAGUUGACCAGCGAUGGUGGCCUCACAAGCCCUUCUCUAUCCAACACACCCAGCCCGCCUCUGCCCUCUCACUUGACCAACGCCACGUCUUCGAUGGGUGAUAAAAGGAAGGCGGAGGCUGUGGAAGUUGGCGAGUCGGCCGUCGAGGCGAACCUGGGACGCAAGCGGUGUAUCAGCUUCGCCUGCGGACGCAAAGCUCAGGAGCAGAAGCCACAAACUCCUUCACCACAGCGACCUGUCACGAAGAUCAAUGACGCCAGCGUUACACCAACUGAACCCAAGCGGAGGACCGUUCUCACCUUUGUUUGCCCGGCACGGGAUCCCGAGACUCGCCGGGAGCGGUCGCCACUUCGCAGUGGCUGCAGGCCGCGUCCCCGCGGAUCACCUGCUCCCAUGGCGCGCAAGGCCUCUCCGGAGAAGGCUGCUCCCUCACCGGUGAGCAAGGCUCCCCAGGAGCAGAAGAUCGAUCGCCGCGGUGUCCCGACCAAGGGGUUGGGUAAGUUCGAAGAGUCCGAGGCUACUCGCUUUCACGAAUUCGCCAGCUCCGUCGAGGAGGAUGACGAAUGGGUAACGAAGUCUGGAGAGUACCCGGAGAAGAUUACGCUUAAUGAUUGUAUGAAGAAGGAGAAUGCCAUUAGAAAGCUUGGAGAGGAAGCGGAGGAAGAGGCACUCGAAGAAGAUGACGAAGAUGAUGUCGAGGAUUCUGAUGACGAUUCAACAGUUCACGACUUCUCUUCUGACGAUGGAAAUGAAUCGGAUAAUGAAGCCGGCUUUGCGGAGUCGGACGAGAGCGAUGAUGGUUCGGAAUACGAUUUCUGGGCUCCGACCAGCACUACUGCUGCCACUAGCCCUCAAAACAUCGACAUUGCUCGCCACCCCUUCAGUCGUCGCGACUCGAACACGUCUUUCGAUUCUGCCAACGAUGUGCAGCAGCAGCAACGAUGGUCACCUGUCUUAGCUGCUAAGACAACUAGCCGAUCGCCCAUGAAGAUCCCAAAGCUGCGUCCUGGCACACCUAACCUUCCUGACAGUACGGACUUCGUCUGCGGAACUUUCGACGAAGACCGGCCUUUGGAGGCUGCCUACAAGUCUUGCAUCGAGCAGCGCCGUCUUUCCAAGCAGAUUGUCAUCCCUCAAGAUAUCGAUCCCAGCUUUCCCACUUCGGAUCCCGAGGAUGAGGAGGAUGAGGAGGAUGAUGUCGAGGAAUCUGUCAUGGAUGAAGGACCUCGGGGACGGACUGGUAGAGACUCUGCGCAGAAGCCUUCUCCUCGUACGUCUCCCAGACGCAUGAUUUCACCUCCGCCUCGCCGUCAGGGCCGUUCCUCGCCAAAGCGUCUUCGCUCUCCGCCGCCGCCGAUGAAGCUGCGGUCUUCGAAGGAUGACCUGGCAUCUGCAGACGAGGCUCCUACUGUCCCCUCGCGGGGACUGAACAUCAGUGAAUUGGUGCAACGGCCCGCGAUGUCUCGUACCAAGUCCUUGCCUCGGACGCCCAACCCUUUCUUUACUAGCCUGGACAAGUCUCACCGCUGGUCUGGCAUUGUCCCCGUUUACGAAUCGCCGGAGCGCGAGUCGUCACGCACCCGUGAGGUGCACACCAGAGGCCCCAUUGAUAUUGUUGAGGGUCUCGAGAAAAAACGCCAGAAACGCAAGGAGAAGUUCUGGCGUCAGCAUUGCCGCAAAGCUGCCAAGGAGCAGAUGGUACGGCGACCGAUCCCCGGAAAAGGUGCUGAACGGAUGAAGGAGCUUGGCCUCGAAGUUGCAGAGAGGUGCAGAGCUUACGGCGUUGGAGAGAACGCCCAGCUCGUCCUAUCUGUUUAGACCUCAAAUUCCGCACGGGAUUCGAUAAAUUCUUGUACAUAGUUCGAAUUUUUCUUAUCACCCUUUCAGUCGUCCACUUUCAUGACCAGUGGAUCGACGAGGUGUACAAAUCCCAAUUGAGCGCUGUUCGCUACACCCUUGUCUUCGAUGUUACUAUUCUUGUCCUCACAACGUGUCCAUCGGAUUCCUAUUCGCACGGA